AGAAGCAGCAGCAGCAGCAGAAGGAGAUGCCGCCGCGGAUGGAGUAAUUUGACACCAUCUUAUCCGCCGCAGCCUGCACAGCUGGGCCGCGGGGCGGAGAGCGUGCCCCAUGCCCAGGGCUUAAGGGAUGCGCGUUCAAAUCCUGGCGCCUGCUGCUGCUGCUGCGUUUAGCCAAAGGAGAGGCAGGCAGGCUUCUCCUGCCUCCGAAAGCGGAGGCCGGGCUACAGCUGGGAUGCUCUGGCGGUGAGGAGCUUGCAGGGGCCAUGGAGAACGACUUGGCUUCCGAGGAUGACACCCGAAUCUCAGCUAAAGCAUCUGUGACAGAUGGCCAGUCCCCUAUUCUGUUCUCACAGUGGUCUCACAGAUGCCCCAAUAGGAAGCCCACAUGGAAGACCUGAGUGCAACAGCACUGCCCUCUCUGCUUGUGAUUCCCAGCAACAGGAAUACAGAUGCAUACUGUGCAAUGCUUCUAUCAGAGAAAGAGUUUCAUGAUGCGGCAAAGCGGAACAACACAGCGCGGAUGAAUGAGCUGAUCAAGAGAGGGGUGGAUGUCAAGGCCAAGAAUAAUAUAGACAGGACCGCUCUCCACUGGGCUGCAGGAGCUGGUCACGAACAGGCCGUCCGUCUUCUCCUGGACCACGAUGCCUCUGUGAAUGACGAGGACAACUUUGGGAUGAACGCCCUCCUCUUGUCCGCCUGGUUUGGCCACCUCCGUGUCCUUCAGAUCCUUGUCACUGCUGGUGCCAAAAUCAACUGCCAAAACAAGAAUGGUCGCAACUUGUUGCAUUGCGCAGCCCAAAGAGGUCAUAUCAGGGUCAUUGAGUUCAUCAUGGAAGACCUCGAGGAUGUGCAGCUGGAUAAGAAAGACAAGAUGGACAGGACGGCAUUUCAUCUGGCUGCUGAGAAUGGGCAACUGGAGGUGGUGGACUUCCUGAUUCGCUUAGGUUGUGCCUGCAGAAUCAAAGACAAGGAGAAGAACACAGCGCUUCAUCUAGCUGCCAAGAAUGGUCAUGCAGAGGUGCUGCAGAAGCUUAUAGAUGUAGGAAUGAACCUUGAUGAGAAGAAUACGGAAGGGUUGAGCGCCCUGCACUUGGCUGCUGAAAAUGGUCAUCAUGGCUGCAUAAAGCUGCUCCUGGAAGCCGGCUGUGAUGUCAACAUCCAAACUCAGAAAAAGAUGACCUGCCUUCAUUAUGCUGCACAAAAUGGCUAUGAGAUCAUGGCCAGGAUCCUUAUUGAUGCAGGAAUUCACACAGAUACACUGAAUUACCAAAAUGCAUCAGCUAUGCACAUUGCGGUGCUACAGAAUCACCCAGCCAUCGUUAAACUCCUAAUUGAUGUUGAAUGUGACCUGGAUAUCCCUGAUAAUAGGCAGCAGAGCCCACUGCAUAUUGCUGCAGAGCAUGGGAGACAGGACAUUGCUGAGAUGAUUCUUAUCGCUGGGGUGAACUUAAAACUAACGGACAAGCAAGGUAAAACAUCCCUAGAUAUUGCUGCCCGUGGCAACCACAUCAACCUGGCUGACAUGAUCAUCAAAGCAGAUAGGUUUUACAAAUGGGAAAAGGAUAAUCUGAACAGCGACUCCGACUCCUGGGUAGCCAAGCACCUAACCUUCAAGCAGGACCACCGGAUGGAGACGCAGCACAUCCGCUCCGUCAUGUGGAGGCUUGCGACCAAAUACCUCAAACCCAACGAGUGGAAGAAGCUGGCACAUUACUGGAAAUUCACCGAGGCUCAUAUCAGAGCCAUUGAGCACCAGUGGGCAGGCAGCAAAAGCUACAGAGAACACGGUCAUAGGAUGUUGCUCAUUUGGCUCCAUAGCGUGAUUAUGGCAGGGGAAAACCCAGUCAAAGGACUGUAUGAAGGCCUGGUGGGCAUCGGAAGAAGAGACUUGGCAGAAAGCAUCAGGAAACAGGCGAAUGCAGACUCCACCUCACCGAGGAAGUGCACCGCGAUGUGAUACCAGUAAGAGCACAGGAAACCUCCUGUUUUUGCUGCUUCAGAAGUUUCACGCUGGAGCCACAGCAAGCAAAAUGGACAAUUCUGAACUGUUGGUUGGAAGGUAUCCAUAAACUCUCUUUCCAAGGGCUUCUUGCCAUAGCAAAUGGCAACCGUAUCCACUAUCCACUCAAGGUAACAAUGCAAGUUGGUACAUCAACAGGCUCUGCUCACAGCAAUGCAUUCUUUAUAGUAAAGAGAAGGCACGAUUCUCAAAACAUGGGAGACCAGGAAGUGAAAUAUACACCAUAUUUUCCAGAUAUAAAACUAAGGUUACAAUCUCAAGUUCUGGGAUGGCCCAGGAUGUUUUGCCGCUUCAGGAAAACUCCCCACUGCCACUGGACUCAAUCCCUCUCCGCAGCUGUACCCUGCCUGUGACAGAGGAGGUGGGUUUGUGGCAACCGUGGAGGCAGGGACACACCCACGUAGGAGGCAGCAAUGGUGAACAGCAUGCUCUUCGAUCUCAGUUAGGCCAUCAGAGGCAACGGUCUUCAUGGGUGGGCCAGCCCUGCUCGAGUAAACCU